AUGAAAGCGCUCGACUUCUCCGGCCCCGAAGGUGAUUUCAUGCUCGAGCUCGAGCCGGGGACGCUUCUCGACCGUGCUAUGAGCGUAGGCUUUUCUCGCCACAGAGCUGUUGCUGCCGGCCGCAAGUCCCUCGAAGAUAACGUCGAUUUGUCAUUCGACUGGUUCCUUGGGCCGUGGAGUCACUUCUCGAGGUUUCCUGAGAUAGCGUCCGAGGUGGCCUCUACGGAUCAGUCUCUUUAUUUGAUUCUAGAGGUCGUGGCAGUCCUCCAUAUCAUGGCCAUAGUCUUGGUGGAACCUGCAAUAUUUAGACCGAUCCUUGUGAGUGGCCCUCAUGGAACGUGGAUAUCGCAAGAGACCUUUUUCCCUAAUUUGGAGGAAGAUCUCGUAUUCCCUUCCGCUGCCGAUCCAUUUCUCGCAAGCCUUGCAUAUACGUGUUUCCAAAUGCUCCAAUUGAGGUGGCUCGUCCUCUUCCUCUCCGUCUUCUCAGCGAUCGACUCCGUUCCUGACAACAACAACAAGUGGACGAAGAUUCACGUCGCUGUUGGCGUCUACAGGGAGAAGGUGAACGUGAAGAGCACCAAGAGUUACGUCGUACUGGAAGGAGAUGGAGCUCAGACGACGUCCAUCGAGUGGGGAGACUACAAUGGCGACUCCAGUGGCCAUGACACUAACACCAGUGCAACCUUCACGUCAUAUGCCUCCAACUUUGUUGCCAAGAGGAUAACCUUCAAGAAUACGUACAAUGGAUUCGCCAAACUGACCCCCGCGGUGGCCGCUUGGAUUUUUGGAGACAAGUCUGCCUUCUACUAUUGCAGCUUCAUUGGGUUUCAAGACACUUUCGCUGAUACGCUUGGAAGACACUACUUCAAGGGUUGCUACAUCGAAGGUGUGACCGACUUCAUCUUCGGAUAUGGCCAAUCUAUUUACGAGCGAUGCAAGAUAUCAACAGUUAAAAGCCUUGAGAAGCCAGGAUAUGUGACGGCUCAAGGGCGAAACAAUGCCAGUGACAAUAGUGGCUUCGUGUUCAAGUGGUGCACCAUCUCAGGGCCUCAAGCAACUUACUUGGGGAGGGCAUGGAAACACUACUCGAGGGUGAUAUUUUACCAGACCUUCAUGUCAGCCAUCAUUGUUCCAGAAGGAUGGUAUAUUUGGUUUUCUAAAGGUUACGAAGGUGUUGUAACGUUUGCAGAAUCGGGAUGCACAGGACCAGGAUCAGAUCUCUCAGGUAGAGUGACGUGGGAGAAGCAGCUGAGUGACGAUGAGCUGAAGAAGUUCAUUGAUAUUUCAUAUAUUGAUGGGGAAGGAUGGCUCGAGGCACAGCCUCCACUUGAUUAG